GAGGAUCGAGUGACUGUGGCGCAUCUCUCACCCGAGUUGUCAUUCUUUGGCUGCUUUGACGGUCAUGGGGGGUCGUUUGCGGCCGACUUUGCACACAGGAACGUGCACAAACAUUUGAACAAAUUCUUUGAUGAAGGCGUGGAGGUGGAAGAGGCUAUACGGCGGGCUAUUGCGAAG